AGAUGUAGUGAUGUCAAAGAUGGGGAAACAUUUCAUGCAUAUGUUCAUACAAUGCACUAGCAUUUUUCCAGUAACACCAGCAUACAAAAUAAAUAUCUCUUCAGUUCUCCUUUUAGUCUUGAGAGGGUGCUGAAGAUUCACUGAGUUGGCAGAAGGGUGCUAGCAGGUGCUUGAAAAAAUUAUUUUUGACUGAUUUACUUUCCAUUAGGAAAUUAGCAAUAAUUUCAGUCUGAGUAAAAAUUAAUUCUGUAUCCUUCUUGAAACUGAGUAUCUGUUGACAGUAGACUUGUAUAAUCUUUAUUGUAGUGCUGUAUGGCUGAAACAUUGUAGGAACUGAUUUUCUAUAAAUUAUUAUGUAAAUUGCAGUUGUGCCUCAGUGCUUUAGUCAGAGAGGAGGACCCUAAUAGAAGUGUGCAUGAGACCUUUUGAGCAUUUUCUUGGCUGAUACAGGUUACAAAUACAUUUUUCAGUGUAGACACGUGUACCCAUUCUCUAUCUACGCAAGAAGUUAACUAACAUGCUUAAUCCUUUUUUAUAGUAUCUGUAUGUCAAAUUAUUAUUCAUUCCUUGAUCCAACUUGAACUCUAAAUGUUUCCUUAUAUAAGACAAAGUUAUUUGCUUUUUUUUGGAAUUUCUGAGUUCUUUAUUACUGUGCUUUAUAACCUUAUAAAUGGGAUAAGUAUAUUGAGUUUGCCUGGUUUUUAGCCAAAGAAUUGAUAUUUGGUCAUACCCUCUGGCCUUGUUUUUAUUAUUAGGGAAAAAGACUGCAUUUUUCACUUAUAUUGAGCAAAUUUAGCUAUGUUACAAAACUGGCAAAGAUGAAAUGGAUGUAGUAUGUAAAUUAAAGCAAACAGGAUCAAGUUUCUUUGAAUGGUAAGAUAGGAAGAUAUACACAUUUAGAUAUGCUCUGCACAUAGAAGUUCUGUGUGUUUAAGUAAAGCAAUACGAAAUGAAGCAAAUGUCUUUUGAGUGCUUCUAGUGGCAAAGAAAAAUCAUCCAAAUUAUGGUAAAUAAGGUGAUAGAUCCUAAUCCUGCUCACUGCAUCAAAACAGACUUGUAGCCAGCAACAGGCAUUUGUCUAACCUCAGGGGUGGUAAUUGGCAAGUGCAAGAAGCUAGCAAAUAAUGUCUUAAUGACUCUGGUUACAUUUGCAGUCUUCAAAACGUGUCUCUGCUUGUAACUAUAAAACAAAAAAUUCUGAUGAUAGUUGUAAUAUAAAUAAUGGCAUAUUCUUUUCUAAUUUAUUUCAAUGCUUUAAAAUAAGUUUCAAAUAAUUAUUAAAAUGUCAAAGCAGAAUCUUCUCAAAGUAGGCACUGAACAUGCAAAAACUUGGUGCUGGAUUUUUCUCUCUAAUUAUUAACAUGUAAUAUUGUUAAGUAGCAAUAUUAAUCUUUGUCUUUGACAUUCAUUUUUAUCUUAAAAGAUGUUUGAUUGUUGACAUUUCGUAGGUAUGGAAUUUGGAAGAUUGAAGCCAAGUAUAAGAAGAAUUUUGUAACCUCAGCUGUUGCAAAAUUUGAAGUUAAGGAAUACGCAAUGCCAAGCUUUUCUAUCAUCAUAGAGCCAGAAAGUAACUUUAUUAGUUCUGAUAAAUUUGAGAACUUCAGGAUUGUUGUGAAAGCUAGCUAUUUUUAUAAUAAAAGGCUUGCAAGUGCUGAUGUUUUUCUUCGUUUUGGAAUAAUUGAAGAAACUGGAAAAAGAAUGAUUCCUCGUGCAAUGCAUGUAGCUAGGAUUGAAAAUGGAGUUGCUCAGAUCAAUUUUAACAGUAAGAAAGCAGUGAGUUUUAUAGGGUUUCAAAGUCUAGAAGAAUUGGAUGGGUCCUAUUUAUAUAUUUUGGCAUCAGUGUUGGAGUCUAGGGGUGGCCUCAGUGGUGAAGCAGAAUUUGCUGGAGUCAGAUUUGCUCUAUCUCCUUACAAGUUAAGUUUGAUUGCUACUCCUCUCUUUGUGAAACCUGGACUUCCAUUCUUCAUUAAGGUGCAGGUGAAAGAUACAGUAGAUGACUUUGUUGGAAAUGUCCCUAUAACUGUCACUGCAAAAUCAUUUAGUGAGCAAAUGGAUGAGACUGAAUUGAUAGGAGAGGGUUCAGAAUCUGGGAGAAGACAAACAAGCAUGAAUGAUGGAACUGCUUUGUUUGUUGUUAAUAUCCCAUCCAAUAGCAAAAUAUUGGAGUUUCAAGUAAAAACUGCAGAUCCACGUCUUGUAGAUGAAAAUCAAGCAAGUAAAACCUAUGAAGCAAAAGCUUAUUCAUCAUUAAGUCAGAGUUAUCUAUACAUUGACUGGGCUUCAAACCACAAAAUACUAGAAGUAGGGGAUUUAAUAAGUAUUAAUGUAUAUCCACAUAGUCGGUAUACUCAUAAAAUACAUCACUACAGCUAUUUGAUCACAUCAAAAGGGAAGAUAAUAAGCUUUGGAACUCAGAACAGAAUUAAGGCUUUGGAAUAUGAACACUUAACUUUUCAGAUAACCCAAGAAAUGGUUCCUUCAGCACGUCUUAUUGUUUACUACAUAGUCAUGGCAGAAGAAACAGCUGAGUUAGUAGCUGAUUCAGUUUGGCUGAAUGUGGAACAGAAAUGUGGGAAUAGUCUUGAUAUUAAGCUGCAAUCAAGCAAGGAGAUACUGAAUCCUGCAGAAGUUGUAUCGCUUAACAUGAAAACACAAUUCAAUUCCUUUGUUGCUUUGUCAUCUAUUGACAAGGCUGUGUAUGGAGUCACAGGAAGAGGAAAGAGAGCAAUGGAAAAAAUAAUGCUACAGUUGGAAAAGAGUGACCUUGGGUGUGGUGCUGGAGGAGGACGGAACAACAUUGAUGUAUUCCGCAUGGCUGGGCUUACAGUUUUAACUAAUGCAAAUGCUGAUGAUUCAAAUGAAGCAGGUGAAACUUGCAAUGAAGUUUUAAGAACGAAACGCUCUGAUUUCAAGGAGAAGAUACUCAAAGAAGCAUCCAAAUACGUACAUCCAGAAAUUCGAAAAUGCUGCAUGGCUGGAGUAAAAGCAUAUCCAGUCAGUGAGACUUGCAGUGACAGAGCUCAGCGAAUUCGGAGUAAUGCAAAGUGCAUUUCUGCAUUCAGAGAUUGCUGUGAAUUUGCAAACAAACUGCGGGAGAAAGAGCCUAAUAAGCUUCUGAUAUUGGCAAGAAUGCAUUUUGAGGCCAUCUUGGAACUGGAUGAGGCAAAAGUUCGCAGCUACUUCCCUGAAAGCUGGUUAUGGGAAGUUCACCAAGUUUCUCCAAGGUCAAAGACUCUGUCUGUCACCUUGCCUGAUUCGCUGACUACCUGGGAAGUACAAGGUGUUGGCAUUUCUGAUAAAGGUAUAUGUGUUGCUACACCAUUGGAAGUGCAAGUUGUAAAAGAUAUCUUCCUGAGCGUUUAUGUUCCUUAUUCUGUGGUGCGAGGAGAACAAAUUGAGUUAAAAGGAUCAGUUUAUAACUAUAGAGACGCUGCAAUUAAGUUCUGUGUUAAAAUAGCAGCUGGAAAUGGAAUCUGUUCUUUUGGAGAUUCUGCAACUACUGGAUCAAGGAUACGCAAUUGUAAUUUUAAGAAUCUAGAUGGUGCUUCUUCGUCACUGGUUACAUUCAGAAUACUUCCUUUGGAAUUAGGUCUUCACACUAUCAACUUUACAUUGCUGACAGCCAGGAACAGUGAAACUGUAAUUAAAACUUUACGUGUAAUGCCAGAAGGCAUUAAGAAAGAACUUCAUGCAGGUUUCACUUUGGAUCCACAGGGUGUUUAUGGUUCACUCAAGAGACGACAAGAAUUUCGAUACAAAGUCCCACUAAAUCUGGUCCCUAAAACAAAAAUUGAUAGAAGUGUCAGUGUAAAAGGGCAUCUUAUGGGUGAAGCGAUUGCCACAAUCCUCAGUCCUACUGGUCUUAGUAUUCUUACUAAUCUGCCAAAGGGCAGUGCAGAGGCAGAGUUUAUGAGUAUUGCCCCAGUAUUUUAUGUGUUUCACUACUUGGAAGAGUCAAAUAACUGGCAUUUACUGGGUCCUGAAACCUUAACUUCAAGAACUCAAAUGAGGAGAAAGAUGAAAGAAGGAAUUGUGAGCAUCUUGUCAUUCAGAAAUUCUGACUUCUCAUAUAGCAUGUGGAAGAAUGGGCAAGCUAGCACAUGGUUGACAGCUUUUGCUUUAAGGAUUUUUGGACAAGUUCAUCAAUAUAUAAAUCUUGAUCAAAUUUCUGUUUGUAAUUCACUUCUGUGGUUGAUUGAUAGCUGUCAAAUGCCAGAUGGAUCAUUCAGUGAAUUUUCAAAUUACCAACCAGUGAAACUACAGGGUACAUUACCUAGAGAAGGUAAAGAAAAAUCUUUGUAUCUCACAGCAUUUUCUGUUAUUGGAAUUGAGAAGUCAAUUAAAAUAUGUCCUACUCAGAAAAUCCAUGAUGCUAAAAAUAAAGCAGGAGAUUAUUUGAUGAAAAAUGCGUUGUCUGCUCAGAGCCCCUUUACUAUGGCAAUAACUUCAUAUGCUUUAGCUCUUGUGGAUUUGAACCAUCAAUCUGCACGAUCAGCAUUCUCUGCACUGAAGAAGGAAGCAUCUGUCAUAGGUGACCCUCCUAUUUAUCGUUUUUGGAAAGAUACUUUCAAAACACUAGACCAACACACUCCCAGCUCUGUUACUGCACAAAUGGUUGAAACCACAGCAUAUGCCUUGCUUACUACUUUGCUAAGAGGGGAGAAAGACUAUGCUAAUCCAAUCAUGAAAUGGUUGUCUGAAGAACAAAGAUAUGGUGGAGGAUUUUAUUCAACUCAAGACACAAUUAAUGCCCUUGAGGCCUUGACUGAAUAUUCCCUUCUUGUCAGACGGCUUAAUUUGGACAUGAAUGUUAAGGUAGCAUACAAGAACUAUGGAGACCUUCAUGUAUUUAAACUGACAGAAGAUAAUUUCGUGGGAAGAACUGUGACAGUACCUUUGGAUGAUGACAUAUAUGUAAGCACUGGAAGCAGCACUGGCAUAGCUACAGUAAAUGUGAGGACAGUAUAUAAUGCAAUCGGUACUUCUGAAGAGUCGUGUAACUUUGAAUUGAAGAUUGUUCCAAAGAGAGAUGAUGGUUACAGAAAAGAAGAGGGUGAGCCACUUGGGCGCUUAGAGGCAUGUGCAAAGUACAGGCCCGGCGUGAGAGAGCCACAGUCAGGAUCUGCUCAUGCUGUGAUGGACAUAGGUUUGGUUAGUGGAUUGGAAGCGAAUACGGAAGACUUAUCUACUCUUGCAAGUGGAGUUGAUCAGCUGGUAGCAGAUUAUGAGAUAAAAGAUGGGCAUGUUAUUCUGCAAAUAGACUCUGUGCCAGCUAAUAAUUUUCUCUGUGUUGAGUUCCGAAUAAGUGAGCUUUUCCGGGUUGGAAUGCUAAAUCCUGCCACAUUCACUGUAUAUGAAUAUCAUGCACCAGAUAAAAGGUGCACUAUAUUUUAUAACCCCUACGGAAAUGAAAAACUUGUGAGAUUGUGUGAAGGAGACGAAUGCAAAUGCAUGGAAGCUGAGUGUAGUAAAGUACAGGAGAGGCUAGAUUGGUCAAUAACUGCCGACACCAGGAGAGAAGCUGCAUGCCAGAAUGAUAUUGCAUAUGUUUAUAAAGUGAACAUUUUAUCUCGCAGUGAAGAAGGUUAUUUUGUAAAGUAUUCUGCAACUCUUCUGGACCUCUAUAAAAGAGGGCAGGCUUUUGCUCAAAAAAAUAAUGAAAUAACCUUUGUUAAAAAGAAGACCUGUACAGAUGUUGAACUGAGCCCAGGAGAGCAGUAUUUGAUCAUGGGAAAAGAAGCCUUAAAGAUAAACAUUGGUUACAAUUUCAAAUUCCAGUACCCUUUGGACUCCAGCACUUGGAUUGAGUGGUGGCCUUCAAAUGCAGCAUGUACAUUUUGUCAGGAGUUUUUAAAUAUAAUGGAAGACUUUGCUGAAGAUCUCAUCAUCAGUGGCUGUUGAUUUACUUGGAGAAUUUUUAAAUUAAAAAUAUAGAUCAAAUCUCAUAUAUAAAAAAAAAAAAUCCUCACCUGUUUAGUAAUUCUUUCCUGAACUUAACAUUCAUUAAUAGUUCAUCUUGAAAAAUGGUGUUUGCUUGUAUGUUAUAGCCACGUUCUUAUAACACAGUCAUGUUGAAAACAUGAUUUUUAAGUUUGGAGGGGACAAUAACGCAGAAUACUGCAAAGACGUUUGAAGUCAGAUGAAGUGGAUCAACUGUAAAAACAAACAUGGAAAGUACUGUCUUGUGCCAGAAUAACACUUAGAAGCAUUAAAAUCUGAUGUCUUAUUAAAAUAUAACCCUUCCUUCAUUAAAAAAAAAAAAAGGAAAAAUAAAAUUGUUUAUCAAAUAA